AUGCCUCUGUUUAAUGUACAUACAACUCCUAUACAUGUACGCAUUCAAAGAGAUGUUUUUUUUUCAAGCCUACCUUCAUUUGUGCUUGUGUUUGUUGCAGGGACGAACGUACACGUGUAUGAGUUCCAGGCGACGGGGCAGCAGUCAGACAGCUUCCUCCUCUACUCCAAGAACAUAUCAUUUCCGCCCCUCGACGCUCUCACCUUCUGCGUCAGGCUCAGAUUCUACUUCUUGUGGGAAGUGUCCGGCUUCCUACAGAUCUCCGAUGACUCCUCCGGCAAGCUCGUCCCCACCAUACAGGCAGAGGUGAAUCUAAAUUACAUCCGCGUCACACUUGCCAACUUCCGACGCUACCACUUCCUCAAGCAACGCUUGCGUGCCCUCACCUGGCACCACCUUUGCGUCACAUACGGGGAAGGCGAGACUGUCUCCUACCUUGACGGCGCUGAACAGGACCGUCACCGCUACGAACUGGGACAAAACAUUACCGGAAAUCAUGCUAAGGUCGGAGCUUGGAACGCCGCUAGCAGCUACAGUGGACAGCUCUCCCAGGUCAACUUGUGGAGUCGCGCGCUUACGCCCCAGGACGUAGAGGCAUUGGCUGUAUGUCGGCAGAACUUGGAAGGGGAUCUAAUGGCUUGGGCUGGACCAUGGAAAACAUCCGGAAACGUGACCUUGACUGAGGAAUCCUUAGACAAGCUAUGCCAAGAGGCCUCGGGAACUGACUACUUCAUCUUCACAGAUUUCACCGCCAAUGCCGCCUUCCAGGUGUGUGAGGGUCUGGGAGGUCUUGUGCCCACACCGCAAUCCCGAGGGGAAUAUGAGACCAUCGUGAAAGCCGUGGAAAAGUACCACAAGAAUGGUGGACAGACUUGCGAGCCAUUUUGGGCUGGAAUCACUGACCAGCAGGAGGAGGGUAUGUGGACGCUGGUUAAAGACAUGUCUAAGAUGGAGCCUCCAUGGGCUGUGGACGAGCCGGACGGCAGCAAUCUAGAGAACUGUGCUGUGGUGGAAGGGCCCCUGCAGAUGGCUGACGCGCGGUGUGAUGAGCAGCAGUGUGUGGUUUGCGCGGUGCCUCGGCGACCCGUGUGGACCCUGCUGGGUGCGUGUGAAAGAUACCGCCGCAACACGCACUUUGUGGCCCUUCAGGACGCCCACGAAGGUUUCUUGUUUCGUGGCUAUUCCGAUUUUCGCAUCGUGAAGGACGGAAGUGAUUGGCUGUGGUGGGACUGGCGUAACAACCAAACGGUGGCAAGCUUGUCCAAAGCCUCCAACGGGGUGCCCAUCGGACGCCAAAACUGGACCCUUAAAAGACCUAUGUGCGGCCAGAUUGAAGGGGAGACACGAAGGCUUCUGCUGACUCCCUGCCCGACAGACUUCUUUUCGUGCGACGACGCUUCAUGCAUCCGUCUUUACCAGCGUUGUGACCUCAAAUUUGACUGCCGCGAUAAGAGCGACGAGAGCGGAUGUCAGUUAGUGCGAUUCCCUCCUGUCUACCGGCCUGACUUGCCCCCUGUUGUCAACAACCUUAACAACCUUUCGUCUCCGCUACCAGUCACUCUGCACGUCGUCAUUGAGAGUGCUGACGUCGACACGCCUUCCAUGCACUUACACGUCAAUCUCAACGUAAGCAUGACAUGGCAAGAGGCGAGGCUCAACUUUCUCAACCUCAACGAAGACUACACACUCAACAGGGUACCAUACGAAACGAUGCAGGAGAUCUGGGUGCCUGUGAUCGAUUUUACCAACACAAAGGGCAUCCACAUCACGCAAACGGACCACCAGGCCACCAUGGUUGUCAACAUGCUGGGCAAGCCACGACUGGGUGAUGACACGCAGCCUGAGGAAUUGGAAGUCUACGAGGGCCCAGAAAACCCGAUAAGCGUGAGGAGGAAGUACAGCAUCACCUUCCAAUGCCAAUUUCACCUGAAGAUGUAUCCCUUUGAUGAGCAGUUUUGUCACCUUGAACUCACCAUGCUGUCCGCUUCGUCCCGUCUUCUGGUGUUUGACGAGGCAGCCACGGCUGCGAUCUUCGAGGGCAAUCCGCAACUGGUCGAAUAUUUUGUGGGCGACGUAGACAUCGAUUUCUACAACGACAGAGACUUCGCGGUGAUGCUUGUAAAGCUUCAGCUGCUGCGGCGGUCUGGCUUCAUCAUCAUGAACGUGUACAUCCCGUCGCUGCUGCUCCUCGUCAUCAGUUACCUCACACUCUACUUCACGCCCACCAACUUCCAGGUCCGCGUCCUCGCCUCACUCACCUCCCUGCUCGUCAUGGCCACACUCUUCACACAGGCGUCCUCUUCCUUGCCUAAGACGUCUUACUUCAAGAUGGUGGACGUGUGGCUGUUGUCAAGUAUAUUCUUCAUCUUCAUCAUAAUCGUCCUUCACACCGUGAUCGACCGCGUCAGGGAAUGGGAGCCGAGCGUGCCCAUGGCCACGAACGCCUCUACCACACCCCCCAAAAAGCUUGGCGAAACCACUCCAGUGUCUUCAGAAAAGUCAUCAAGUUCCAACACCGUCCACCCGACCGGGGAAACGGUGGAGGUAACUGGACCCACGGACGUCGAGGAGACAAGCCAGAGAUGGUGGGACGCAAUGGAUCUCUGCAUGCGGGAGACGGUGGCAUGGAUACCCACUGUGGGUCGACGGGCAAGACCACUGUACGAGAAGAUUAUCCUGGGCGCGCGCGUGCUGGUGUUGCUGCUCCUCAUCAUUUUCAAUAUUGUGUACUGGACUCUUGUGCUCAUAUAAAGACCAUGGGAUUGGCUUGGCUGUCUCCGUCCCGUCUGUGUCCGGACCUUCAGUCACUCGGAUAGCUGUUUCCGUGGAACCUACACUUCAAGGCCUCACUUCAGCUUCGUUUCCUGGACUUCAGCGCAUGGCUGGGGGCCGUGUCAUGCCAACCAAAGGCACACCAAGACUUCGCUCCGACCUCCAUUGAUGCUUGAUGUGGAGCAAUGAAAAUUGUACUGAAAAUGGAUAGUUUUUUUUUUUUUUUUUUUUUAGCUUAACGAACCACCCUGUUUGAUCAUCAACCGUGUUUGGGACAUUGCUGUGAUAGAGCACUCAUGUCCGUUUACAGGAAAAUGAUACUUCCAAACAAAAUCAGUCUUCAUCAAAAUUUCCAACGCUAAACCAACACGUUAGGAAUUAGAUCAUGAUAACAUACAUGUCCAACCUAGCUAACGGUAUCGGUAUCAGAUGACUCAUCCAUUUUCUUUUUAUUAUUGCUAUAAUCAUCCCAAGAAGCAUCCUCUAGUCUCCGCCUCCAAGCCGGGACCAUCCAGUCAGUCGACAAUGCCCCGUCAGCCAAUGUGAGCUUAACGAGAGACAGGAAGGUUCCUCUGACCCAAGGAGACACACAUCAUUUUACUGAAACACAUUUCUCCACCACCUAAUCACAGAUCAGCUAGUACCCGCUGUACAUAUUCGCCGUAACCUCGUAGUAAUACCUGUAGCCGUAGUAACCAACAUGCAUAAUGUGAUUGUUGACGGACCUUAUCUAAGCACCGCCAUUCCUAGUGGCAUGUCGUGCGCGUCGCUUUUGUCUCAUCAUGCCCCACUUCCUUAGGCCACCAUCAACUACGUAUUGUUAAUCUUAUUGAUUCCACUUAUUUUUUGAGCCAUUAAGGCUGCGUAUUCAACUUCAACACUUUCCACUACAUAUUCCUUCUUGUUCCCGGUAGCUAGUCACAACGCACGACAUAGUAAUUGGGUGUGGCUUAAAACAUUUAUUUGAUAAUCACGAGGCAAAAUAUAUGAGGCGCUGGCCGGUCCGUGUCGUGUGGGUGCUCGCUGGGGCUAUUCUGAGCAUCACUUAUUAUUUUUAUUUUUGUUCACAAAAAAGAGGACCGAUUCCUUUUUAAUGGAGGAAUAACUAAUAGGUAAUUCACAAAGCUUAUAAUAAAAAAUGGUAGUCUAGUUUUCAGUAAACAGACACAACUUGUAGAUGCCUUAUACGAAAACAGAAAUAAUAAUGUUUUGAGAUAAUUAUGUAAGUUGCUUGCAUACACGACAAUGCCCGAAAACACUCGUGGCAAAUUUACGAAUUCUCUGUUAAAUUUGGGUUGAGGUACGUGAACUACAUGAACGUCUUGGGCACUCGCGAUACACAGUGAAAAAAACCGCAAGCGAUUAAUUAAUUAUCAUAUUGUUUGCAGUAUUUGUUUUCUGGACGACUGUGUAAUGCUUCUCGCUAAGUGAAAAGGUAUCUUAUCACAGUUGUGCUGGGGAUGCGUAUGAGACGUUUGGAAUGGCGGGGGUAGAAGAGGUGGAGGUGACUUUAUAGGUUAUGUUGUUGAUACUGGUAUUUUGGUGGUGGUGGUGGUGGCGAUGGUGAUGGUGGUAGUGAUGUAGAUAACGUCAAGUUGGUGAUGGCAAUGGUACGUAGUUUAGGGUGGUGGUAAGGGUGAAGGACGUGUUAAUGAGAGUAAUGAUAGUUUGGUGGUGGUGGUGGUGGUAGCGGGGAUGGUGAUGAUGGCAUUGUAGGAUGUGUUGGUGAUUGUACUAGUAGUGUAAUGGUGAGAGGGGUGAUGGUUGUGGUUCUUAGAGAAGGCCUUUGUUUGGAUUCAUAGUAAUCGUAAUAAUAUCGUCGGGGCAGAACACGCCCAACCCCUUUUCUCGGGAACCACCAGGGUGGCGCAGACGAGACACGAGCUUGUCGGGCCAGAACCGAGGUUAGCCUCCGGCGGGCUCUGCGUGUUGGUGCCUGGAACGGCCAGACCCUCUCCGAUGAUCAGCGAGUACCCUAUCUGCCAGUUGAACUCAAGAGGACAUAGUGGGGGUCGCAGAGACGAAGUGAUCUGGCAAUGGAGAGAUCAGUAAAAGGGGUUAUACCUCUACCGGUCAUGCCAGAGCGAUGGUGCACGUCUCAAGGGAAUAGCUAUGCCAGUUCUAGCCGACUGCAGUCCUCUGUCGGAGGGGUUACUCCGAUUGAUGAGCGUAUGAUGCUGUAAAGGUUAAACCAAACCUUGGGCUUCAUAUCUCUUAUUGCAGUGUACGCCAAUAUGGAAAUGUGGCAAAUUCAGUAGGAAGAGAUGUUCUACGCCAAGCUCAACUUUAUAGUUGACCAGUGCCGUCCACGCGAUACACUAUUGUCUUGAGCUACUGCAGUGCAGUUACUAGCACAGAAAGAUGUAUACGAGUUGUGUGUUGGUCCCCAUGGCUCUUGCACGAGAAACGUAAACAGUUCACUAUUAGAGUCUGUGCAGUAUAGAAGGCUGAGGAUUGCUGGUUCCUGGUUUCAGAGACGUGACCCUCGCCCCUGGACGUGGUAUAGCAAUGCUGGCUGUGUGACAAAGGAAAUCGAUUACAUGGUUGUUAGUACUCGUUGGAGAAUCCUCCAGAACUGUAGGGUUUUCCGGAGUGAUGAUUUUUUUAAGAUCAACCACACUUCUUAUUAAAAAAACAAAACGCAUCAGGUCAAAAAAAUUCUCAACAUACAUCCCUCCGGGGUUCCAUCUUGAAAAACGGAGGGACCAGGCGUGUGGUCAUGAGUUUGCGGUGAAAGUCUCAAAUCGGUGUGAAGUGCUCGGUACUUUGGAGGACCCUGGAGAGUUUUGGGAUACCUUUAAACGCGAAACUCUCGCCUUUAAACGCGAAACUCUCGAAGUUCUCAAGGAGUGGAUAGGAGAGCGCCCCAAGUCUAAGAGUGGCGUUGCCUCAAAUAGAGGAGAAUCGCGCUCCCAGACUGACUGGGGACUCGGAGCGAUAAAGGACUUAUUCACGAGAGAUGAGGACCCUUAAGAGGAGGGAUAAGGAGAGGUACAUCAGAGAUCUCCCUGUGGAUGUAGAGAGUUGCCUUAAUGCAAACGACCUUAGACCUGCCUCCGGAGUUAUGAAGAAGCUAAGCUUCAAAUCCACUUCUCAUAUGAAUAGUAUCCAAACGGCUGAUGCGCAGAUAAUAUCAGAUGCGAUUGGGUACUUGGCUCGUUCGUCCGAGUACUUUGGACAGUUGUCCAUGGCAGAGCCCACAAGCGGACAGCUCCCUCUGGCUGUGUUGCAGAUGGCGGCUGCUGAUCCACCAACAUGCGAAACUCGACCCUCUCUUGUGGAAGUGAAAGAGGUUGUGAAGAAGUUGAACAGUGGAAAGGCAACUGGUAUCUGUAUUAUCAGCGCUGUUGAAACCUGAUGAUGAAGCCAUUAUCCGUGGGUUUCAUGCAGUUCUGCCCUCCGUGUGGCAGUCCAGUGCCAUUUCACUUGACUGAAAAAUGGGGUUGGUUGUCCCAAUCUGGAAAGGGAAAGGGGACCGACAAGAUUGCACCAAUAAUCGUAGUAUUACAUUGCUUAGUGUACCAGGACAGGUGCCCGGUCAUCUGCUUGUGAUGCGAAUUCGAUCUCAUCUGCUAAAGUUUUAGAGACCUGAGCAAUCUGGGUUCAUGCCCGGAAGUCAACAAUUGACUGGAUCCAAUCACUUUGCGUCCUUGUGGAAUGCCGACGUGAGCUUCCAGAGGGGGCUCGCAGCCUAUAUCGAUCUUAAGAAGGCAUUUGACACAGUGCAUCGCAAGGCACUGAGGGACAUUUUGCGAAUCCGUGGGAUCCCUGCAAGGAUUAUUGACCUAAUGCCUGGUUUUUACUCUGAUAAAUCUGUAAAGUGUGAGGGAUGCGUUUCCGACUUUUUCCCUGUUAAUUCAUUAGUGAGGCAGCCGUGUGUCCUUGCUCCAUCUCGUUUCAACAGUUGCAUGGAUAAGGUAUUAGGCAGAGUUUCUGAUUAAAGCCGUUGCGGAGCAUAUGUUGGCGACAUCAAGGUCACUAAUCUUAUUUUUGCUGACGCUGUACUACUCGCGGAAUCGCUGGAGGCCCUGGUGAUAGCUCUCGAAGUGUUGCAUUAGGAAGCGAAGCCUCUGGGUCUGAAAGUCUCCUGAGCCCAAACCAAGGUCCAGUCGUUUAGAGGCUUGCUGGUUGACAUGGUUGAGCCUGUCCAUGCAUGUGGUGAGGCUGAAGAGGCUACCAAAAAUUCACAUACCUUGACAACCUAGUUCAUUACUAUGGUGAGUCUUACCAGGAAGUCAAUAGACGGACUGGUUUGGCCCACGGAGUUAUGGACUCGCUUAAUACGAGUAUAUAGUAUUGUCGAUAUCUAUGCAGGCAGCAAAGAUUCGAAUCUUUAAGUUGCUUAUGCACCCUGUAUUACAGUAUUGCUGUGAUACAUGGACUCUGAAAAGUGACUUGGAUAGGCGUGUCGAUGCCUUUGGUACCAAGAGCCUUCGCAGGAUCAUAGGGUGUUGCUGGAGAGACUUCGUGUUGAACCAGCGACUACUCCGUGAAACUGAAUCAAGGCCUGUUACAAGCUUAGUUGUGAACGCCAACUCCGGUGGUAUGGGCACGUGGCACGCCUCCCGGACUUCGAUCCUGCUCACAGAGUUGCCUCUGUACGAGACAACUCUGAGUGGAGGAGACCAAGGGGAUGCCCACGUAACUCAUAGCAGGGAUAUUUCGACCGAUUCUGCCGAGAAGGACUUGAAACGGAUAGAGCAGCUGCGUUGGAGCUUGCUCGGGAAGACCGUCGGGAGUAGAGGCAGAGAGUGAGUGCAGCAACGCAACCUCGAGCGUAUGCUUCCCAGUAGUUAUCAAUAUCGUAAUAAUCGUAGCAUUAGUAAUUCGACAGUCGAGUUCAAGACGGCUCAACAUAAAACAAGGACAACGGAAUGAUGAGAAUGUGAACGAAAUGACCAUAAAUCUACAGUUAAGGCCAAAAAGAGACAACUCUAAACCAUCACUCUAAAUCGUCACUUUCUUUUUCUUAGCUCAAAUAUUUUCGUACUAAAAAAUUUUCAGUGUUGUGCCCCUUUAUUAAGUUAAUCCAAUAGUUUGAUUAUUCUUUGUUUUAUCUACCUCUCUCCUUCCAUCUCUCAUUCUCUCCAACCAUUUACUUUGUUUUAUCUUGUCAUUUUCCUCCUAUUUCUAUCACCCCUAUCCUUCUCUGGCAGUCCUUACCUUUCCUCGCAUCUCCUCCACCACCACUUGCAAGGAACUAGUAAAUUUAAAAGAAGCUCGCGCCAUUUCACACAACCUGCCCUCACUCUCCUUUCGUGUCAUCCCCAGCUUUAACUAAAGACAAUAAUAAUAAUAAUAAUAAUAAUAAUAAUAGUAAUAAUAAUAAUAAUAAUAAUAAUAAUAAUAAUAAUAAUAAUAAUAAUAAUAAUAAUAAUGUUUUAGGUUAAGAUGCACCUGCCUUAUUAAGAUUUCCCUGGGCCACGCAAGACUCGGGGAUAACUAUCAGUAUUUAUAUAAUGCAUUAUUUUCUUUUCUUUAGUACGUUUCUCUUGCCUACUUAUGGUCGUCUAAGGUUUACAGAAAUAGAUUCUGAAGAUUACUGUUCACCGAUUCACUUUUACCCUCGAUGAUGGUAGGAUUAUAGAACAAUAAUAUUUGGUGAGACAGCCUUUCUUUCUCUGGCCUGCACCAGGGGGCACUAACUGGGAGGGGGACCUGUCUGAGGAGACUUGGAGAAAUCUCAGAUGAUACCGUAUUGUCAUUAUUAUAGAAAUUAAGAAAAUUUGGACUGGUGAAACAUAUUUGAUUUUUUUCUUAAAAAUAUAUACAACAAAUAACAAACUCAAAAAGCUUUUGGCUGCAAGCACAAACUACAGAACAGGCCAGCAGCAAAUGUUGUAGACCUAGACAGUGGGAGGUGUAUGAUAUUUUGCAGUCUCCAUUCUCUAUUUCCCCCUCGUGGAUGGUGAUGGGUAUAUUUUUUUUAACUCUGAUGACCUCCGACCUGCUUAUUAAGCCCUGAAGAAGCUUCGCUCUGAGCCUCCCUUUCAUGGGAGCGCUAUCCGAACAGCAGAUGGUUGCCUCCUGUCAGACAUGGAUGAGCAAAGUGCUCGUUGGGCUGAGCACUUUGAGCAGAUGUACAUAGUGGACCCUCCGAGUGGGGAGCUUCCAGUUGCUGGGUUGCAGGUGACGGGUGCUGAUCCAUCCAUGGACGAAAGCUCACCCUCUCUUUACGAGGUCAGAUAGGCUGUGGCAAAGUUGAGGAGUGGAUAGGGACCUGGUAUCUGUAAUAUAAGUGCAAAGCUACACAAAGCUGGAGGCCAUGAUCCACGGGUUGAAGGCGGUCGUGACUGUCGUAUGGCAAUGUGGUACCAUUUCCCCUGACUGCAAGAAGGGGUUGGCCAUCUCCAUCUGGAAAGGGAAAAGGGACCGUCAGGACUGCAAUAACUACCGUGGUAUUACGGUGCUCAGUGUGCCAGUCAAGGCGCUUCCUCAGGUGUUGCUGAUGCGGAUUCACAGCCAGCUGUUGAAGCUAUAGAGACCUGAGCAGUCUUGGUUCAUGCCUGGCAAGUCGACAAAUGACCGUAUCCUAGCGCUUUGCGUACUGGUGAAGUGCCGACACGAGUUUCGACAGGGGAUGCUUGCAGCCUAUGUCAGUCUCAAGAAGGCGUUUGAUUCAGUGCAUCGCAAGGCACUCUGAGAUUACUGCGUAUCCGCGGGAUUACUGAAAGGACCAUUGGAUUGAGAGUGGUGUGUAGUGGGAGGAGGGAGGCGUGUCCAGCUUCUUUUCCGUGAACACGGAAGUGAGGCAGGGCUGUAUCCUUACCCCAUCACUUUUCAACACUUGUAUGGAGUGGGUACACGCGGCAGAGUUGUAGACCGGAGUCAUCUUUUGGCAAUAUCAUGGUCACUGACCUCGGUUUUGCCAAUAAUUCAGUUAUCGUUGGAGGUUCUGCUGAUGGAUCACGAGAAGAAGCUUUUGAGACUAGUUCUCCUGGGCCUAUUAAGACUAAGGUAAAAGUGUUUGGGGGCUUUCUAGGUGUAUUAGUACAGGCUCUUCAUGCAUGUGGCGAGAACAUCGAGAUCUUGGAAAAUGUCAAAUACCUUGGUAGCGUAGUUCAGAACAACGACGAGUCUCACCAAGAAAUCUUGCGGCGGAUUGGUUUGGCCCUCACUGUUAUGGAUUGCUUGUUCUCCCUGUCUUACUCUUUGACUCUGAGACAUGGACACCAAAUAGUAACCUGAAGAGGUGGAUUGAAGCCUUUGGUAAUAAGUGUCUACGCAAUCAAUGGAAUGACUUUUUGUCAAACCGGUAACUACUCCGUGAGACUGAUUCGACAUAUAUUACCCGCAUAGUUUGUCAACCCCAACUCCGGCUAUACGGGGAUGUUUCGGGUUGUUUCUUUGGAGGUGCGCCACAUUUCCUACGCCACUUUCAAUACACGUCACAGCUCCUGCAAUUCAAGCAGUUUUUAGAGCAGUGACAUAUACAGAGAUACAGCACAUCUUCUAACCACAAUAAUCUAUUCUGUCGCAAAUCAGGCCCGUAAAUUUGGCAGAUUUUUUUGAGGCCAUUGGAGGGAUCCAUUUGACUAUUUAGAUUAAUAUUCAAUUUACUGAAAAUGGUAGACAAUGAUCUUGGCUAAAAAUGUAAAUUCUUAUUAAAAGAUCAAUAAGAAAUAACUGAACAGAACUGCAUCUUAGGGUCUAAGAUACAAACUCUUUAAAUUUGAGAGUACAGUAUGAUAUAUAAUAUCAUAUAAUAUAUAAUAUAUUUUUCCUCUCAGAGAAUAUAUAUUAUUUUAUGUAAAUGUCAAAGAUAAUGGAUUUAUGUUUAAUUGCAUAAUAAUAGUCACUGACUAGACUUGAAAUUAAGCUGAAACAUUAGACAUAUAGGAUUCUACAUCAAAUAUAGUAAACUAAAAGAAUUGAAGAAUUUGAUCUGAAAGAAAAAAUAAUGUGAAACACAAGCAGACAUUGCUUUUCUUCUCUUUUGUGUUGAGAAUCAUUAAAAACUUCAUUAAGAUUAUCAAAUCUCUCGGAAUGAACACUUAGAUACAUCGUGUGGUUUAGCUGGUUGUGGGUCAUUGUGCUCCUGGAAUAAUUUGAGUGUGCCUCAUAGAGCUGCAUGCACGCUCACUUACUGCGUUUGGUACAGGCAUAAUCAAGCAAAUCGAGCGAUCUGUAUAUCAUCUUGUUCAUCAGACAACGCAGUCCAUCAUUAAGACCGUGAAGGUGGUCGACUAAAUCACCCGCGCUUUGAGGUCUGAACAAGUCUCUUGGUAAGAAACCGCAAAAUUGUUAAGUUGAGCCCUCAACUGUAUGAAGUCAAGUGUACUAUAAUUAUUAUCCUCUAAAAAUGAAUAUGCUUCUCACAACAUUAUCCAACAGCUCCCUUUAUUACAAACGCAUACCCAUUACUACUUUCAGAUACCAACAGUGCUGAUUUAAAGAGGUAACAGAGAGCGAGAUAAUAGGCUAUAUCAUAGCAAACGGUUUGCCACAGGUUAGAUCUGGUAAACGACAGGCCAUUGAGCGGCGCAGAGACCAUCACCCAAGCAAUGAUGUCAAGUCCGCGAGUCCAUCCCAGAAAGAUCAUUCCCACCAGGUUUCGUAACACCUACUAUAGCAGAGCCACCAGCCCAUAUACAACCACCCAUUCAUAGCGCGACAUUCAUAGCUCGAUCACUAAAUUGAGGUUGCAUAAAAGUAGAAGAUAGACAGACAUAACCUAAAUACAUAUUUUUAUAACAGUUGUCAUGCUACCAAUAUUCAGGAAGGCGGCUAGAGAACAGAUUGUUGCUAUACAGGGUGUCCCACAAGUUAUGGUAGAAACUGAAGGAUAUGAUAAUUCAAGUCAUUCUAUGACAUAAAUAGUCUAUACAUAUAUUCUGUUUUUUGCUUUAUUUUUCUAGAAAUUCAGGUUGUUUGAAUGCGUAGCGGGUGUGUUACGAUGUGGUGUCAUGAGACAUGCCAGGAUCGUAAGACAUCCCAUCCUGAAUACAUACAUGAAUUUCAACACGGUACCGUGUCUUUUGUCGACUGCUUGUCGGGAUCUGUCCCACCUAAGUUUAUUUAUAUUAUUAUAAAAGCAAAUGAUGAUGUAUGUAUGUAUAUAACUAGGAUAUCAACAAUCACUCUUCUUUUUCUUGUGACCUAUUCCGCUUUGCAUCGCUUUUUAGGUCCUCCUUGGUAAUUUUUUACACUUCAUGUUUCACUUAAUUACUCUGGGAUAGUGAAGAUUGGGUUCCACGAUGCGAAGUUCAGGAUGGGAUGUCUUACGAUACGGGAUGACAGAUGGCACCACAACGGGAGUCGCCCUGCCACAAGGAUAGAGGGAUGACUAGCAGUAGGAGUGGGCAGGUACCGGUACCAGUACCGGUACUAACGGUACUAGCUAAACGGUACGGUACCGGUACCAGAUUGCUCGGUACCGGUACCAGUUGCUCGGAUUUAUUUAUUGGAUUUAUUGAUAAUUCUUCAUGUCCGAUUUUUUUUUUAGGUUGCUAAUAAAUAUUGUUAUUGUUAUUAGACUAUGAUCGAGUACAUCCAUAAUAACUAUACAUGCUAUUUUUUUAACGAAAA